AUGACUUCAGAAGAAAUCAACUUCUCCAAAAUCGGCGUGCUUGGAGCCGGCAGCAUGGGGGCAGGUCUCUGCCUGCUUCUCGCCGAGAAAAACCAUUGCGUCUUCUUUCACGAUCCCAAUGACGACAACGUGCGCAAGCUCACCGGCGACGCCUGCAACAUUGGGCUGCAGGACAGGGUCAUUAGCUGCGCGAGCACCGCCGACGUCUUUCGAAACAUCAACGACGGCGUCCGUGCCGCGCUCUACCUCAUGUCCGUCCCCCACGGCGCCGUCGCCGACACCGUCCUCGAAGCUCUCCGCCCGCAUCUGCGUCCCGCCGACGUCAUCAUCGACUGCGGCAACGAGCACUACGCCGACACCGAGCGCCGGCAGAAAGCCCUUGCCGUCGACGGCGUCCUCUACGUUGGCUGCGGUGUGUCUGGCGGCUACCAGAGCGCCCGGCGCGGCCCGUCCAUGUCGGCCGGCGGCGACGAAGCCGAUGCCGUCGCCGCUCGGCUGCUCCCCUUUCUCCAGGAGCUCGCCGCCAGAGACGACCGUGGCCGGCCGUGCACCGCCGUUGUCGGCCCCGGCGGCAGCGGACACUACGUCAAGAUGAUCCACAACGGCAUCGAGCAGGGCAUGAUGGGCAUCCUUGCCGAGGUCUGGCUCAUCAUGUCGUCGCCACGCGGCAGCCUGCGCAUGAGCAACGUUGACAUUGCCGACACGUUGGCGUUGUGGAACCGCGCGGGCGAGCUGCGCGGCUGCUUCCUCGUCGGCAUCGGCGCCGAAGUGCUGCGCGCCCGCCGACGCGAAGGCUCCGGCGGCGGCCAGCACGUCCUGUCGGCCAUCCGCGACAAGGUGGUGCAAGACGCCGACGGCUCCGAGGGCACCGGCGCGUGGACGUGUGCCGAGGCCGUCGCCGCGCACAUCCCGGCGGCCACAAUUCUCGCCGCGCACCUGUACCGUUGCGCGUCCGCGUCUGCGACGCUUCGCGAGGCCGUCUCCGCCGCCACCGCAGACAACAAUGACGAUGAUGACGACGCCAGCGACCGGGUGCAGGAAAUCCCCAGCGCUGACCGGCAGGACUUUCUGGCGGCGCUGCACGCGGCCACGUACUUUGGCUUUCUCAGCUGCUUCGCCGAGGGCCUCGACGUGCUGCGCGCAAAGGACCGGCAGGCCGGCUGGCACCUCGACUACGCCGAGAUUGUGCAGCUCUGGCGCGCGGGGUGCAUCAUCCGCGCCGACGGCAUCCUGGACACGCUCGCGUCCAUCUUUGCCGGUGGCGGCGACGGCGCUCGGCUCGACCAAGACGUGUUUGCGCGCCCCGAGGUGACGGCGGCGAUGCACCGCCGCCUGCCGGCGGUCAAGCGGGUCGUCCUCGCGGCCACGGCGGCGGAUCUGCUGCUGCCCGCGCUGAGCCAGAGCUUCGAGCACUUCAAGUACAUGCAGGCCACGCCCCACGGCCCGGCGCAGUUUAUCGAGGCGCAGCUGGAUUACUUUGGCAAGCACAUGUUUGAUACGUGGGAUGAGCCGCCAGGGGGUGCCGAGACGGGCAAGCAUCACUUCGAGUGGAAGCCGGCAAGGGGUACUUCGGAUGAUCCUGCAUGA